CUUUCAUGUUUACGGAAUCGCUUUGUGUACAACUUUCUGCUUUUAUUGUGCAGCUUAUGCGCGUGCGCGUGCACGUACAAAUUUACAAUUUUUACAAUCUCACAAUCGUCAUCUGUUUACGCAUACCUGACAAACAAUGCACUUGUAUGCGAGUAUGGGGCAGUAGAUAAUUGUUAACAGCGAUGACAAAUGGUCCAGAAACAAUAGGCAUGUAAUAGAAUUUGAAAAUGAUUUCGAAGAGAAAAUCGUGAAUUGCCAUAGAAUUUAAUAAUAAUUUUUGGAGUCGCUCCACAGUUUGAUGCUUAUGAUUGCGUAAAUAAAUAGAUUAUUGUUUUGCAUUAUGGGCACCGAGGAUGAUGUGUGUUGGUAUCAUGGAAAUAUGUCAAGGGAGGAUGCAGAAAAAUUGCUUCAAGAAGAUGGUAAAGAAUAUGGCACUUUCCUUGUAAGAGAAAGCGGCUCUUCCCUGGGUGAUUAUGUUCUUUCGGUAUUGUAUGACGAUGAAGUUGUGCAUUAUCAAAUUCGAAAACACGGGGAAGAUGCAUUUUUUUCUAUAGAUGAUGAAACCACUAUACAUGGUUUAGACACGCUUAUCGAAUAUUACCAGGAGGAAAAUCGUGGACUCGUUUCAAAAUUAAGAAAACCUUGUAAAGGCUUACAGCCACCGCAUGACACAAGAAGACACGGAAGGAUGAAUUUAUUGCACAGAGCUACGAUUCAAAGAAAUUAUACAAUAGUGUCAGAAUUAUUGAAAUGUGGUUACAGAAGUUUAGAUGCUAAGGACGAGGCCGGUCAAACAGCGGUGCAUCUGGCUGCUAAAGGCGGCGCGGAUGAAAUUUUAAAUAAGCUUAUUCAAAGUAACGCCAGUGUUAAUUGUAGAGAUACGGCAGGAUAUACACCCUUGCACUAUGCUUGCCAAAGUAAUCUUCCAAAUACAGUUGAAAUAUUAAUUGCCGGAGGUGCCAAUAUUCAAGCUCGCCAUACAGAAACAGGAAUGGUGCCGUUACAUAUAGCAGCAACUAAAGGUCAUCAGGAGGUAAUUGAAAUAUUACUCUCUGCAAACGCACCUUCAAACCCUCGAUCAUUAUUCGACGAUGUGCCAGCCGACUGUGCAAAACGAAACGGCCAUUUGGAGUGCGAACGAAUUCUACGUAAUUAUAGUAAAUCAACGAAGGAAAAAUUAAGUAAUUGGUACCAUGGGACGUUGGAUAGAAUGGAGGCAAUUAAUCUUUUGCAUAAAAAUGGGGAUCUGGAUGGAUCGUUUUUAGUUCGCCUUAGUGAAAGACACGAUGGGAUUCGCGUGCUCACUGUCAUGUACAAUAAGCAAACCUAUCAUUUCCAAAUACAAAAGCGGAGAAAUUUUUUAUUUAUCGAUAAUGGACCAUACCUUCCUUCGUUAGAACAUGUGAUAGAGCAUUAUCGAUGUAUGCCGGAUGGACUUCCAGGACCAUUAAUUCAUCCAAUAGUACCUGUACCUAAGCCACCGAUUCCUGAAAUGCCCCCAUCUAUAUUUAAUGGCGAUACCCUUAGGAAAAAGAAAAAUUCAAAUUCCAAAAAUUUUUCUGAUCCGUUGGAAAUGCCAUAUCUACAUCCAAGCAGUUCAAAUAAAAUAGAUAAUAAUUCUGUUAACAAUCAUAUGAAUGAUAAUGAUUUACACAGCGCUGUGCCUGCAAUUGUUGAAAACGACAAUGACUCGGUACCCACAAAACAAGUAUUCAUACCGGGGGAAAAUAUAAUUCUUGGAGAAGUAUUAGGUGAAGGAGAGUUUGGAGCCGUCUACGAAGGACUUUAUGAUUCACCAUCCGGUACUCAAGAGCCUGUAGCGAUAAAAAUGUUACACGACACACACAAUGCUGCUACUCGUGAAGAAUUUUUAAGAGAAGCGCGUUUAAUGAUGACAUUUAAUCAUCAUUGUAUUGUUAAAUUAAUUGGAUUCUCGGAAGGUCCACCAUUGUUAAUGGUACAAGAGUUAGUAUCACUUGGCUCUAUGUUAGCAUACCUUUUAGAAUUUCCAGACAGAAUAAGUCCAAAUUACGAGCUUAAAAUUUGGGCUUCACAAAUUGCUUGUGGUAUGAAGUAUUUAGAAGAGAUAAGACUUGUUCAUCGAGACUUGGCUGCGCGAAAUAUUUUGCUAACUUCGAGACAUCAAGCUAAAAUAAGCGACUUUGGUCUUUCAAGAACAUUCGGCUCAAAUGAUUAUUACAAAGCUACGGCAGGAGGAAAAUGGCCCAUAAAAUGGUAUGCUCCUGAAUCUUAUAAUUUUGGAACGUUUUCACAUGCUAGUGAUGUGUGGAGCUACGGAAUAACAUUGUGGGAAAUGUUUUCUUACGGAGAGCAGCCAUAUGGAAGUAGGCGUGGUACAGAAGUGAUAGAUCUCGUUGAAAAGGGUGAAAGACUCAAUCAGCCAGAAAAAUGUCCAAAUCAUGUAUAUCAAGUUAUGCAAAAAUGUUGGUCAUAUUCUCCAUCAGAUCGCCCUACUUUUCAAGAAUUGCUCGAUAUUUUCAGCAGUGAUCCGGAGUACGCCAAUAUCAGAGAACUUAUAACAGCUAUCGAUAUUAGCUGAUAAUAAUAUAAUUAUUAUAAUUGUUGUAUCAUUUUUUUACAGGUGUGUCAAAACAAAAGAAA